AUGGUAGAUUCUCUUCUCAAAGCUUUGUCAAUGGAAAACCAUCACCCAUCCACCCUCUUGUCAAUGGAUUCAAGUACCUCAUCGUCCCACGACGAAUUAGACCUUGAGUUGAACCGCCAGAUUCUCCUAACCCUUCCUCCUGAUAUCAAUUUACCCUUGUCAGCUGAGCGUAGCCCUCCUCCCCAGUCGUGGAAUUCGGAACCCUGUGAUAUUCUUGAUGUUGGCCUUGCAUCCCAAGUGUAUGAGACUGAAACUUUUCAUAGUGUCCCAAAGGUAGGAAGGAAAGGUGUGAAAAGGGUAGAUAGCAUAUGGGGUGCUUGGUUUUUCUUUAGCUUUUACUUUAAGCCUGUUUUGAAUGAGAAAUCAAAGGCAAAGAUUAUAAGGGACAGCAAUGGAGUUUCUGGAUUUGAUAAAUCUGAUCUCCAGCUUGAUACAUUCAUGGUUCAGCAUGACAUGGAGAAUAUGUACAUGUGGGUUUUCAAGGAAAGGCCCGAGAAUGCGUUGGGUAAGAUGCAACUCAGGAGUUACAUGAAUGGGCAUUCUCGUCAAGGAGAGCGUCCCUUUCCAUUUAGUGUUGAUAAGGGUUUUGUCCGAUCUCAUAGAAUGCAACGGAAGCACUACAGGGGCCUCUCAAACCCACAGUGCGUUCAUGGGAUUGAAGUUGUUCCAUCCCCCAAUCUCAUGGGUCUUGAAGAAGAUGAGCGCAAAAGGUGGAUGGAACUUACAGGGAAGGAUCUGAACUUCACAGUUUUACCAGAAGCUGGUGAUUUUAGUUCGUGGAGAAACCUUCCUAACACUGAGUUUGAACUUGAGAGGCCACCGCCUCCAAUAAAGAGUCACCCACAUGGCAACUCAAAGAAAUUGCUUAAUGGUUCUGUGCUGAAUCUGUCAACUCAGCCAUCUAACCACAGCAAUGGGGAUGCAAUGGAACUAUCACCUCCCAACAACAAGAGGAGGAAGGACUUUUUCCCACAUGGAAAUGAUGAUGAUUGCUAUUUGGCGGUUACUACCACUUCUGAUCGAGUUCCAGAUUUGGAAAUCCACCCCAAUGAUCCUCACUGGUUGAAUGAGUUUAGUGGGGUAAUGAGGAAUGUUUAUGGACCUGUCACAGCUGCAAAGACUAUAUAUGAGGAUGAAGACGGUUAUUUGCUCAUUAUUAGUUUGCCCUUCGUCGAUCUUCAAAGGGUAAAAGUUUCCUGGAGGAACACACUCACACAUGGGAUCAUAAAGAUAUCUUGCCUGAGCACAUCUCGUACGCCAUUCAUCAAGAGACAUGACAGGACAUUCAAGCUUACAGAUCCAUUGUCAGAACACUGCCCUCAAGGGGAAUUUGUCAGAGAAAUCCCACUUUCAACCCGGAUUCCUGAAGACGCCCAUAUAGAAGCAUAUUAUGACGGACCUGGAACAGCGCUUGAGAUUUUGGUGCCAAAACUCCGUGAGGGGCCAGAAGAACAUGAGGUUCGUGUUUGCCUUCGAUCUCACCUUGGAGGUAAUGAUCUUAUGUUGACCUGA